GGAAGGAGUACGCCAAGGCCGACAGCCGCUACAUGACGAGCGAUGACUUCACGGUGGCCAUGGAGACGGUGACAGCGCUGGCCUGGGGUCCCCUCAGCUUCCUCACCUUCCUGGCGCUGCUGCGGCAGCACCCGGCGCGCUUCGUGCUGCAGCUCGUGGUGUCCCUGGGCCAGCUGUACGGGGACGUGCUGUACUUCGCCACGGCGGCGCGGGCGGGUUGGGCUCACAGCGACCCGCGGCCAUUUUACUUCUGGGGCUACUUCGUGGGGCUGAACGCGCUGUGGCUGCUCGUGCCCGGCCUGCUGCUGCUGGACGCCGGCCGGGAGCUGGCCAGGGCCCAGCGCGGCCACGACCGGCCCCGCCACAAGGCCCACUGAGGGGGGACACCCCCGUGGGGUGAGGGACCCCCACCCUGGGGUGAGGGACCCCCCCACGACCGGCCCCGCCACAAGGCCCACUGAGGGGAGAGACCCCCACCCUGGGGUGAGGGACCCCCCCUUUGGGUGAGGGACCCCCCCUUGGGGUGAGGGACCCCCCCUUUGGGUGAGGGACCCCCCUCAGGAUGAGAGAUCCCCCCACGACCGGCCCCGCCACAAGGCCCACUGAGGGGGGAGACCCCCGUGGGGUGAGGGACCCCCACCCUGGGGUGAGGGAACCCCCCAGAGACCACCCAUGGGGUGAGGGACCCCCCUCAGGAUGACAGAUCCCCCCACGACCGGCCCCGCCACAAGGCCCACUGAGGGGGGAGACCCCCGUGGGGUGAGGGACCCCCACCAUGGGGUGAGGGACCCCCCUGAGACCACCCCAGAUUGAGGGACCCUCCCCAAAGACCCCCCCAGACUGAGAGACCCCCCCAGAGACCCCCCUCAGCAUUGGGGACCCCCCCUCAGCAUUGGGGACCCCCCUCAGCAUUGGGGACCCCCCUCAGCAUUGGGGACCCCCCCUCAGCAUUGGGGACCCCCCCUCAGCAUUGGGGACCCCCGCCACGGGAGGGUUCAGCAGCCGGAGGGUCCUGGAGGUGAAUUUUGGGACCCCCCAAAAGCUCAGGGAGAGCGGUUGGAGCCCCCCCAUGUUCCCCACGGGGGCCCCCCCUCAUUUUUGGGGGUCCCCCCCUCGUUUUUGGGGGUCCCCCCUCGUUUUUGGGGGUCUCGCCUUCGUUCUCGUGGUCCCCGCCUCAGUUUUGGGGGUCCCUGCCUCGUUUUUGGGGGUCCCUGCCUCGUUUUUGGGGGUCUGCCGUGGGAAUGUGCCUCGUUCCUGGGGGUGGGGAUGGAUUUUAAUAAAGGAACUGAAAAUGGA